AUGCACGUGUUUGACCAGUUCGGCAGCAUUUUACAAAUCUUGAAAACACAAGCUCGGAUUUCUAACAAGGCAACGGAAGAAACGACAACUCCAAUGAGAACCCGGUCACAGACGAAUCAGCACAAUCAACGGACCGCUGGUGAUUCGAUUGCGUUUAUCAAACUGGUUCUGGUGACGGCUUUGGUGAUUCUCGUGCGGUGUCUUGAGUGGAUUCUGCAAAAAAUGAUUCUAAUCUAUGAGAAAUUACCGAUGAUCUACAAUGCGGCUCGUUUCUGCUACGAGAAACCAGAUUUGGCCCAGGAUCUCAUCCGCACUUCUUGGCACCUUGCUUAUGUCUCUUAUCAAAGCAAUCUUUGGACACUUAGUGAUGCUUUUGACGCGUUCUUUGGUAACUCGAUUGAAAAGAUGAAUGAAUUUGGGGAAAAAGCCAAUGAAAAAGUAAAACGAGGAGGGAAAUCGCCAAAUUCGCCCACGAAAUCGCCGGCCAUUUCAAUAAAGACACCGAGG